AUAAACUGACACACAGACUAAGAAAAGAAAGGGAUGAGUUAAAGGAAGAAAAUCAGAGAUGAAAAAGGAAACAUCAUAAUUGAUACCAAAGAAAUGAUAAGAUCACACCAAACUACUGUGAACCACACGCCAAAAUGUUCAAAAAUAGAAAAUACACACGGCCUACAAAAAUUUUUCAGAGAGAAGAAAAAUCUGAACCUUCCAAUAAUGAGUGAACAAAAUUUUUUAAAUAUUCGAAAGUUCCCAUCAAAGAAAAAUCUAGGGGGCUAAGGAUAUAGCUCAGCGGCACAACACCUGCCUGGCAAGCACAAGGUCAUGAGUUCAAUUCCCAGUACCAGAAAAAAAAAAAAAGAAAGAAAAAGAAAAAUCUAGGACAGGAUGUCUUCACUGCUGCAUUCCAUAAAGCAUUUAAAACUAACACACUAGAAAUUAUUUCCAAGCCUUUGCAAACACUGAGCAACAAGGUACUCUCCCACUUUCUUUUCUUUUUGAUGAUGAAAAUGUCAAUAUUCAAGCAGAUGGGAGGCAGGAAAAGAGAGCAGAGUCUUCAACAUCACCCUCAGCUUCAACCAAACACUAAACGAAGAGAACACAGGGACACAAAAGGACCAUGAAGUCAGUGCAGUCCGCGCCCUCCAGAUCAAACACACGCCUUCCCUCACUCCCCCCUCUGCCUCGAAGUCUUCUCCUGACGGACCCAUAAAUACGGGCUGACUCCUCGCUCCCCACACACCGGGAUCCUGCUCUCCCAUCCUCACUGACUCCCAGCCAUGAGGACCCUCGCCCUCCUCGCUGCCAUUUUCCUGCUGGCCCCACUGGCCCAGGCUGAGCCUCUCCAAGAGAAAGCUGAGAAUGCCCAAGAAGAGCAGCAGCCAGAGGAACAGGGCCAGGACGUGGCCAUCUCCUUAGGAGGGGCUUCGAGGUCUAAUCUUCAAGACGCAGGUCGAGCACUGCUCAAGACUUGCUAUUGCAGAAGGCUAUUCUGUGGUUUUCUGGAACGCAGAUCUGGUACCUGUAUACUGAAUGGGAAAAGCUACCUCUUCUGCUGCCGCUGAGCAUCCAGAAUGGAGAAGACAUCACCACUUUCAAACCAAGGCAGAAAUUUUUCACACUUCUAUUGGAGUUCAGUGUUCUUACAUUUAUCUCAA